GAGCUAAUUAUCAAUGAGAUUCUAGUGAUGAGGGAAAACAAGCACCCCAACAUUGUAAACUAUGUAGACAGCUAUUUAGUUGGUGAAGAGUUGUGGGUUGUGAUGGAAUACUUAGCAGGAGGAUCAUUAACAGAUGUGGUGACAGAAACAUGUAUGGAUGAGGGACAGAUAGCAUCUGUAUGUAGAGAGUGUUUACAGGCCCUUGAUUUCCUACACAGUAAUGGUGUCAUUCAUAGAGAUAUAAAGAGUGAUAAUAUUCUUUUAGGAAUGGAUGGACAGGUCAAACUGACUGACUUUGGCUUCUGUGCUACCAUAACACCAGAGCAGAAUAAACGUUCUACCAUGGUAGGAACACCAUACUGGAUGGCUCCUGAAGUUGUUACAAGAAAACAGUAUGGACCAAGGGUGGACAUCUGGAGUUUAGGUAUAAUGGCAAUUGAAAUGGUUGAAGGGGAGCCACCAUACCUGAAUGAAAAUCCAUUAAGGGCAUUAUAUUUGAUCGCUACAAAUGGUACCCCAGAGCUGGCUCACCCAGAAAGACUGUCUCCAGUAUUUAAAGACUUUCUUGCACAGUCAUUAGAAAUGGAUGUAGAAAAGAGAGCUUCAGCUAGAGAGCUUCUACUCCACCCAUUCCUUAAACAAGCCAAGCCUCUAGCAAGCCUGGUACCUCUCAUAUUAGCAGCCAAAGAGGCCACAUCUAGAAACACCUAACAACCAAGCUAGGAGUAAUAAUUCAUUAUAUUGUAUGAUGAUAAUUAAUAUUUACAAUAACAAAGGCUUCCCAGAGUCAAUCGAUUAGGCAAUGGCGACAAUACCGACAAAACCAUUUUGAUUGUGUUGAAUUUUAGUGCUUUAAAAGUUCUGUUGACAAUGAGAUCUUUUAAGGAAAUGUAAUUGCCAAAAGCAGAAAUUUAAAAUUUUAUUUUUAUUGUAGGUUUUUUCAUACUUUUAUUAAUUUCAACUGACAGUCAGAAGCCUCGAACAGACAGACAUUGUUACGAAGGUUUGAAGGUCAUUUGAGUGAGAUGGCUAACAUGAUUAUGUAAAUUUUUAUUGAAUUAACAUUUUUUAUAACUUAACGGUGCCACACAAGAGUGCCGUGCUUAAAAUUUCUUGAUAAAAAAUGUCAAGAUAGUGGAAGGCUUGUUUGCUAGUAAGAAACAUCUACUCAUAAUUAAAAUCUAAUUUUCCAUUUGGACUCUUCAUUAUAAGCCAAAAUAUAUUCUAGGGAGAAUAGAUAAGGAUCCCUUGCUCUUGCGCCUGCAGGGAAUUCUUGAUUCAGUCUAUAAAAAGCAAUUUGGGAAUAAACAUAGAAUUCCAUAGUUAAUCUUGGUUUUCAUAAAGCUAAAAAAGAAACCUUGAUCUUCCUUUUCCUAAGUAAACUUAAAGCUAGAUCUGAAGAAUCUUUAAUCAUUAUCGCAAUAUCGUUACACAAACCCCAGUUUGAAUUAUGCUGUUGGUAUCACAGGCAGCCCAAGCACUGCAAUACAGUGCUUAUGACAGCUCUGAAUGUGAGCAAUUAAUGGUCAAAAUUCAUACAAAACGACUUACCUUGAUAACUUGUUGUGUCUUUUAUUACUUGGCCGAGUUUAAAGACACAUUUUCACUGGGUUAUCGAAUUUUUUCCCUCCACUAUAAAUAUGCGUCCAAAUGUAUUCAAACUCGGCCAAGUAAUAAAAGACACAACAAGUUAUCAAGGUAAGUCGUUAUUAUUCAAAUAAACUGCAAUUUAAAGGAUUCGAAUUUUGACCGUUAAUCGCUCACAUUCAAAGCUGUUGUAAGCACUGUAUUACAGUGCUUGGGCUGCCUGUGUUGGUAUGAGCAAACCCAUGGCAUUUAGAUAAUCACUGUUGUGUUACUCUUUCUGUAUAAAGAGAGUGUACAUUCACUCAAUGUAAAACAUGACUGACCUUGAUCGUAAAGUAUUAGGGCAAAACUUGUCUUGCUUUCUUCUCUAAAGUAUUCUCUUUCUGUGAGAACGGCCUGAGUUAAAACUAACUAUAUUGAACCACAAAUAAAUCUGCUCACAUUUGACUUGUAAUUGGAAUACCAUAGAUUAUAUAUACAAAUAAAGUAUCUCAUUUCUUUGUA